CAGACCGACGAGGAUCACGCUCAAGCUAGCUGGUGCCUUGACACGACAUGGCCUUCGUUAGCUAAUGCUAGCCGCCGAGCCGCCGUCAACAACAUCGUCCCGACUAACCCGGGUUAGAGGAUCCCAAAUGGGCAAAAGCUGCACACAGAUGAAGUGACCAGCCGGGUACAAUGUCGUCGUUCCAGGUGGUGGACUCGUCGCCGGGCAGCAGCGUCAGCCUCAUGGAGACGUCCAACUUUGCCCACGUCAUCUUCCAGAACGUGGGGAAGAGUUUCCUGCCCCAGGCGCCGCUGGAGUGCCGCUACACCCUGACCCCGUUCAUCACCCCCAACCCCAAAGACUGGGUGGGCAUCUUCAAGGUGGGUUGGAGCACAGCCAGAGAUUACUACACCUUCCUUUGGUCUCCUGUGCUUGAAAACUAUGAACCAGGAAGUACUGUGCACAGGACUGUGGUGUUCCAAGGGUAUUACGUUCCCAAAUCUGAUGGAGAGUUCUACCAGUUUUGUUAUGUCACACAUGUCGGUGACAUAAGAGGAGCCAGUACGCCCUUUCAGUUCAGGCCAGCCACGCCCACGGAGGAGCUUCUGACUGUUACCGAGGACGACAGCAACUCCGACAUACUGGUCGUCACCACCAAGACGGGCCUUCUGGAGCACGCCGAGGACGUGCAGGAGGAGCGCAGGGAGCUGCUGAAGGCCAUGCGCCUCCUUCAGGAGGAGAAGCAGCAGCUGCAGGAGGAGCAAAAACGACUGGCCAGAGAGCGGGAGCAGGAGAGGGACACGUGCAGCCUGCUGCGGACUCACAACCAGGAGCUGCUGCGCUCCUCGCAGGGCCUGUCCGAAGAGCGGGAGGACGUGAGGAGGAGGCUGUCGGAGGCCACCGAGCGGGUGCGCCAGCUGGAGGAGGACCUGCUGGGAGUCACGCAGAGAGGCCUGCAGAAGGAGACGGAGCUCGAUUGUCUGCGUGACCGUCUGAAGAAGCUGACGGCGGAGAAAGACCUCCUGGAGAGCCAGCUGAAGAACGAGAAGGACGAGAGAGACCUUUACAAGGCCCACCUGCGCAGCACCGAGCUGGAGAACACCAAGCUGAGCGCCGAGCUGCAGAUGCUGAAGGCGGUGGAGCUGAACCGGGAGGUGACCAUCGCUCAGUUCCAGGAGGAGCUGGACAGGCUCAGGCUCUGCGUGGCCCAGCGGGACAGCCUGGAGAAAGAGCUGCUGCUCCACAAGGCCGACAAGGCGGACCUGGCCCGUCUGCGCGAGCAGCUGCGUCAGGCGGAGGAGCAGCUCCAGGCGUCCCGGCAGCAGGCCUCCCUGCUGGCCUCGGAGCUGCGCGACUCGGCCAGCGCGCGCGACCACUCCAUGAGCGAGCUGUACCGCGCCCGCCUGGAGGCCGACAAGCUCCGCGCCAGCCUGGCCGACGCUCAGGCCGAGUGCCAGCGCAUGGAGAGCCAGCUGGACCGCAUGAGGAGCACGGCGCAGAAGGAAGUGGGCGUCGGGACCAGCGAGGCGGCGACGCCCAGCAACGCCGUGGUUUCGGAGGCGGAGGCCGAACUGCAGAGAGAGGUGGAGGAGCUGAAGCUGCGUCUUCACAUGGCGGCCGAGCACUACAAGGAGAAGUACCGGGAGUGUCAGCGCCUCCGGAGGCAGGUGGCCAAGCUGAACACGACCGAGUCGCAGGGAGAGCAGAAGAGAAAUGCUUCAACUGAGACCACACAGGAGCCACUGACACCUAGUCCGGAGUCACCGACAGCAGGAAACCUAGCUGCUGCAGUCCUACAAGAAGCUGCUGCGAGGGCAACAAGGCCGGAGCUCAUCAACCGGGAAUCCACGCACGCUGAUGCAUACGUCAGCAUUGAGAGGGAGGAAAGGCAGACGGAGAAAACCACCAGCGAGAGGCCCGAGGAGGGGGCCGACCAAAGGGAGGAGGAAAAAGAGGAGAAGAAGGACAGUCUGCCUGAGAGCCUGAGGAUGGCGAGCUGGGUGGAGGUGGAGAACGAGAGGCGGAGCGGCGGCGGCGGCUCCGCGGAGGAGGAGGAGGAGGAGGCGCGCGCCCUGCUGCCGGAGCUGGAGGGGAGGCGCCUGGGGGAGGCGGAGAAGGCGCAGACGCGCUCGGUGGAGGAGGAGCUGGCGACGAUGGAGGAGAAGUGGAGGCAGCAGUGCGCCAUCAACGAGACGCUGAAACAGCGGCUGGCCGACGAGGAGGAGCGAUUCAGGGUGCACAUGGCGGAGCGAGCCAGCGAGGUGACGGAACUGAAGCGAAACCUCGCCCAGGCCCUCCGGGAAAAGGAGCGACUACAAGAGGAGCUGCAGCGCCUGGUGUGCAGACAGAGAGAGCGCGAGGGCGGCGCUCAGGGCGCCGAGGUCAGGCAGCCGAUGGUGCUCCGCUACCCGCUGCCGUACCCCCAGGACCCCUCCCCACCGCCGCUGGUCCCGCACCGGCCCGCCGAGCUGCAGUACGGCAACCCGUACUCCACCGCCGACCACGACGGCGACGGCGGCGCGCGAGGUGCGGACCGGACGGACGUCUCUCCGGAGCACGUGCCCCGCCCGCCGCCCGAGGCCCCGCCCUGCGCCCCUCCGUGCGCGCCCCCGAUCACGCCCGCGCCCGCCGGCCCCGGGACGCCGGGCUGGGAGCGGGAGGUGGUCCGCAUCCAGCCCUCCCGCAGCACGAGCCCCCCCGAGUGUCUGGAGCUGGCGCCGGAGGAGCCGCGCGACGCUGCUGAUGGGGCUCAGCCGUCAUGUGAUCAUCAGUCCAGUAGACGCAGAGAGGCCAGGGGCAGCUUCUGCUUUGACUCCAGUAGCGUUCACAGGCGCUGCCCGCUGUGCGAGGUGAUCUUCCCCCCCCACUUCGAGCAGCGCAGCUUCGAGCAGCACGUGGAGAGCCACUGGAAGGUCUGCCCCGUCUGCUCCGAGCAGUUCCCCCUCAACUGUCAGCAGCAGCUCUUCGAGAGGCACGUGCUCACGCACUUCGACGGCCACGUGCUCAACUUCGAGCAGGUCGAAUGACGGGGCGGGGGGGGGGCGACGCUGGAGUUCUGACUUUUAUCGUAUGGGUAAAUAAAUGUGUGUCUCAGCUAUUAGUUCAUUUCGAUCGGGUCGAGGUGUCUCGUUGUUAUACAAUCAUUAGCACUUUUUUGGCAAUCUUUAACAAAGGGAGGGAAGAAUGUAGUCCAGGAAGCAGAGUAUGUGCCGCGUGAGUGAUAACAGACCACCGGCGAGAGCAGAACCCGCCGGCCUCGGCUCCUCACUUUUGGUCCAACUCCUCAUGCUCGUCUUUUAUUUUUUUUUAUUUUUUUGCUUCAAAGGGACAAAAGCAGCAGUUGGUAGUGCAUGCGUUCAUCAAGUGUUCAAAAAUGAAAGCUGCUUAAAGAGUGAAUUGUAGCUGGAACCAGGUGGUGGAAGAGAAAGCCUUUUUGAGUAUGUCCUCUUUGCCUAUCCCAGAUAUCCUUUACGAUGAGUCGGACUCUCGCGUGUUGAAGCAGCCGAGCUAUUUUACUCUUUUUAAUUGUCCACAUGUUCCAAAGUUUCGGAAAGGCAGAAGGAAAAGGAAUUCUUAAAAAUGAUCAUUUAGGUGUAAAUGGGAUAUGAAUAUGCGAUGUCAUCGGGUGGUUUCAACAAAAACAGCACUACGUUUUCAUGUAUCUGCACUAAAAAAAAAAGAAUUCAUUCUGAAUGUAUUGUACAUAUGAAAAUAAGUAUAAGUUGUGGAGAGACCUGUGAAUUACUGUCAUGACUCUGCCUCCCGUCAUCGUUCAUGUUUCAGUGAUGACAGAGUGACGGACCAGUCACGUUUCAGGCAAACGGAGCGCAGGACACUAAAUUGCAGACACUUCUGUUGUUACGUUUCAUCAUCACGAGCUGCGAAGAGAAAUCAGUUGCUUUUGCCUGCAGGUCCAAAUCAUGAGCGGGUGUCAUUCAUGUGUGUGUGUGUGUCCACAUCCCUGCUCGUCUAUUUACAAAGUGACCCCUGACGGUGUUGUAUUCAGGACUUAAAAAUUGCACAUGCCCAGUAAACACAAGGCAAGUGUGUGUGCGCGCGUGUGUGUGUGUGUGUGAGUGUGCGUGCGUGCGUGCACCAUGUGUCUGGCCCUUUUCAUGUGAGAAUGUCAGGAAGGAGGUUUAGGUGUGUACUGCAAAGAUCUUUAUGAAUAAAGCAAGCUUGUCUUAAUGCAUUCAACUGCAGCGCUUUCUGCCUCGUUUGUGCCACCAAAGGGAAGAAAAGACGCGACCAGCGACACAGCUUGUAUUUUCACCUCAUUUUAUUUAUUUUUUCAGUCAUUUCCUGUUUACAUUUAAGCAGCUUCUCUUUUUUUUGUAAUAUAGAAAGACAGUUUGACAUCAUUUACAAGUCACUCUGCUCAGAACCCGUCGCGCCCCCCCCCCCCCCC